GUGAAGGGACGGAACGCUUAAUCAUAGUCGGGAGACCGGGCCACGCGAUCGGCGGGAACACGGGUGAGCUGCUGAGCAGAGGGGUUGAGCAACUGGUCAGAGCUCCAUGUCACGACUGGAACCGAUCAACGUCACUCGACCUUCAAUGGGAAAUGAGAAUCCAUCGGACGUGUCUCCCUUGUGUUUCUGUCAAGACAUGCGCGAAAUGAGCUUCUCUAGAAGUCUCUUCACCAAAGGAUUUCCAAGGGGCUAGAUACAACAAACGUGAUAGUCCGACCCGCAGCUCCCCACCUACCAUGAAGACCAUGGACGCGUUCGAUAUCUUCCAGGCGCCUAAAAGCAGUUGUGACGAGUUUGCCAGUCCAAAUAUCCCAAACUUCAUUCUCUCAGUAACCGUCCUUGUGGGCAUCUUGAUAUCGUACCUCCCCCAACAUGUCCGAAUCGUUUCGCGGCGCUCCUCCGAGGGGCUGUCACCAUACUUUGUGAUGCUGGGGACGAUAUCUGCAUCGUGUGCACUUGGCAAUAUUCUAGUCUUACCAGCGAGUCAAAAUGCGGUUUCUUGCUGUAGUGCCAUCGGCGGCCUUGCUUGCGCCUCAGCACUGCUGGGCAUUGCGCAAAUAGCAAUCCAAUGGUGCUGUUUCUUCGUGAUCAUGCUCCUCUUCAUCAUCUUCUUCCCGAAAAUCGACACCUCUGAAGGGUCCACUCUUGACUCCCCUUUCGAAGCUCACCCGCACCGCUGGCAAGAUGCCGUCAUAACCGUCGGCGUCGCCAUGGGCCACUUCAUCAUCACCUUCAUCAUCUCUAUCGUCAUCUUUGCCCGCUAUCCCUCCGCUCUGCAACUCUGGGCCAACCUUCUCGGCGGUCUCUCCGCCAUCCUCGCCAUCAUGCAGUACUUCCCGCAGAUCUGGACCACCUGGAAGCUCAAAGCCGCGAAAAGCCUGAGUAUCCCGAUGAUGCUCAUCCAGACCCCCGGAGCCUUCGUCUUCGCUACCAGCUUGGCUCUGAGAUAUGGUCUGCAAGGGUGGAGCGUGUGGGGGGUGUUCAUCGUCACGGGAUGUCUUCAGGGGUGCUUGCUGGCGAUGGCUAUCAUUUUUGAGCUGCAAAACAGAAGGGAUAGUAAUGGCCCCCGGGACGCUUCAAUGCAAUCUGAGCGGGAUCCAAGCGAACGGACACCGUUGCUGGAUUCUCCGACUUCACUCGAAAAUAGUGGAAGGGCAGUCCGUGGACAUUAGAAGGAUGAGAACUCAACCAAGAUUAUAAAUCUUCUGAUCAAGAGCAACACUGACCAUAUUUCACGUCCAAGAUUUUUCUGUGCACUUAAAUGCU